AUCGGACAGGAAUAGCCGCAGAGCAGAACACAACUACUGACUGCAGACUAGAAACUAGAGAGGAGAAGUUUGUUCCAUUGAAAAGCAACAGAUGGAGGGGCUGCCGACCAAUCUCAUAACCGAGGGAAUACUGCUGAAGUUGGGCUUGGAGACGCUCUGCUCGAUUGCGUGUGUCAAUAGAUCCCUGCGCUUCUCCGUGGACUCCCAAGUCCUUCCCUUUCUGUCAUCACUCGAUCUCUCUGCUAUUACUCCUGAUGAGCAGACUCUGCAUUUCAUUCUAAGUCGGUGCUGUGGCCUUCGCAGCGUCUCCAUUAAUUGCCGCCUCCUCUACGACUCCUCCCUCUUCCUUCUGCUUGGCCCCAACCUCAGGGAACUCAAUUUACUUUGCUGCUCCUUUAUCUCUUAUGAGUUUCUCGCUCACAUUGGACAAAGAUGCCCCAAUUUGAGGAUGAUUAUGUUACAAUUAGUGGCCAAGGAUUCAUUAGACGUGUUCAGAACUAAUCUGGCUAAAAUGCUUAGCAGCUGCUCAUAUUUGGAGUCUCUCUGUCUAAAAAUUCGAGGGAUUGAAGUUAGUGAUUUCAAGUCCAUUGAAUUCUCGCUGCCCAGAACUAUCAAAACCUUGAAAUUGAAUCCAGUGCUUGAGCAUCAUGCUUUCCAGCUCAUCAAUGAAAUGAGAGUUGGUGGGAACUCUUCAAACCAAAACGACUUCAGCAUCCCAGUGUUACCAUCCUCCUGUGAUUUUACUUUGAGUAGCUUGUCACUUGUCUUGAACGUCAUAUCUGACAGGCUGCUCAGAACUAUUACCAACUUCUUUCCUCUUCUCGUAGAGCUGGAUCUUGAAGACAGACCAAACAAGGAGCCCUUGCCAUAUCAUGACCUGACCAACAAUGGCCUUCAGUCCUUGAGCUCGUGUCGUCGAUUGACUGCGCUUUCAAUUAUACGUAGUAGACAGAAUCACCAAGUAUCAUUCAAAAGAAUAAAUGACAUGGGCAUGUUUCUCCUUUCCGAGGGUUGCAGAGGCUUAGAGUCAGUUAGACUUUGCGGUUUCUCUAAAGUCAGUGAUGCUGGAUUUGCAUCAAUACUCUACUCCUCACUGAACUCGAAGAAAUUUGAAGUUCGUAAUGCUCUAUUACUGUCAGACUUGGCCUUUCAUGAUCUUGCUGGUUCCCCUUGUGCCCUUGUGGAGGUUAGAUUGUUAUCCUGCAGCCUUAUAACUAGUGAGGCUGUGAAGAAACUGGCAUAUUCUAGGAGCUUGGAGAUGCUUGACCUGUGUGGCUGCAAAAGCAUCGCAGACUCGUGCCUCAGCUCCAUUUCACGUCUCCAUAAGUUAAAAAUCCUAAAUCUGACAGGAGCUGAUAUUACCGACAGUGGUUUAUCUGUUCUUGGCCGGGGAAGUACACCCAUCACACAUUUGUGUCUUAGAAGCUGUAAAAGGGUAACUGACAAGGGAAUCUCUCAUUUGGUGCAUAGUGGAGGGAUAAUCAGGCAAACAUUGUCAACAUUAGAUUUAGGUCACAUGCCAGGAAUAUCAGACAAAGCCAUUCUCACAAUUGCUAAGGCUUGUAGAGAGCUUACUGAAUUAUGUAUUAGAAAUUGCUUUCAUGUGACAGAUUCGUCGAUGCAAGCAUUGGCUACAAAUGGAGAGUCCCCAUAUUGGAGUAGACGACUUCGGAGACUUGAUAUGUCUAAUUGCAUUGGAGUGUCUGUUGACUCACUGAGAUUCUUGAGAAGGCCUUGUUUUCGUAGAUUGCAUUGGCUUGGCAUUGGACGAACUCGUCUUGCAAGUAAACAGAAUGCUUUUCUAACUGAAAUUUGUAAGGAACGACCAUGGCUUUGUAUUUGCCUGGAUGGCUGUGAAAUAGGAUGUCAUGACGGAUGGCAUUUUCAUAGAUCAGAAACCCAUUAACCAUGAAGUAAACAGAGUGCUCUUCUUCAUUUUCAAACUGUUCUUUUUAUGCAACAAAUCUUUCAGUGGAAGCACUGGCUACAAAAGAAUGGCUUCAAGAUGGAAAGUAAGCAAGUUCUGAAAUUUUGAUACUUUUGACUGGAUUGGAAUCUAUUGAAUCAUGGAAAUUCCUGAGAGGCCCUAUUCCGUGGUUACAUUGUUGCCAUUGGACAACACCUCUUUAACAAAGAAACAAACAGGGUGGGUUCGAUCUACUGAAUUUUCAAGUAGUGCAAUUUAGAGAUCAGAAAAUCAUUGAUACUGAUAUGCAGGUCUUCCUGCAUCCUCAUUGGAAGGUGGAUGCAUGCUUGCUCCCUGAAGUUGAAGAAUAAUGGUAUAUAGUGGCAUUUAUACUUGUACCAGUUUCGAACUUUUAUUGAACACAUUUGCAUCCUCA